AUGAUGACAAGAUCAUCACCGUUUCUGCGGACGAUCCAGAGUACAAACAUUUCACAGAAAGCAAACAACUUGCUCCUCAUCGCCUCACAGAAAUCUGCUGUUUCUUUGAAAGAUUACAAGAAGAACGAGAACAAGAAGGUGGCUGUAAACGAUUUCUUGCCAUCAAAGAGUGCACAUGAAUCAAUCCAAUACUCCAUGUAA